AUUUUGUCAAUUCGGGACUGUUGAAAUAUAGAUUUUCAAAUUUUCCAUAAGAAAACAAAGGUAAUGGCUAAGGCAGAAUCAGAAUGCAGCCUCAGGGCGUCGAGAUGGUCUCUCAAGGGAACCAACGCCCUUGUCACUGGUGGCACUCGCGGAAUCGGGCAUGCCGUAGUGGAGGAACUGGCUGGGUUUGGUGCGGCGGUUCACACGUGUUCUCGGAAUGAAGCGGAGCUCACCAAGUGUUUGAAGGAAUGGAAGAGUAAGGGCUUUUUGGUAUCUGGGUCAGUUUGUGAUGCUUCUGUAAAAACCCAGAGGGAGAAGCUGAUUCAGGAAGUGGGUUCAGUUUUCAAUGGCAAGCUUAAUAUUCUUGUGAACAAUGUGGGAACAAACAUGAGGAAGCCUACUGUUGAGUACACAUCUGAGGACUAUUCAUUUAUCCUUGGUACCAACCUUGACUCCGUGUAUCACCUUUGUCAACUUUCACAUCCUCUUUUAAAAGCAUCUGGAGUAGGAAAUGUCGUGUUCAUUUCCUCUGUUGCUGGUUUGGUUGAUAUAAGUAGCGGAAGCAUAUAUGGGGCAAGCAAAGCUGCAAUAAAUCAGCUCACUAAAAAUCUGGCUUGUGAAUGGGCCAUAGACAACAUCAGAACCAACUCUGUUGCACCUUGGUACACCAAAACCUCGCUUGUAGAACAUUUGCUUAAAAACAAGGAGUUCAUAGAAGAGGUAACCAAUAGAACUCCUCUACACCGUAUUGCAGAACCUGAGGAGGUCUCAUCAUUGGUAGCAUUCCUCUGCCUACCUGCUGCUUCAUACAUCACUGGACAAGUUAUUUCAGUCGAUGGAGGCUUUACUGCAAAUGGAUUUACUUCCAAAAAUUUUAUCGGCUAUAAAAAGGAUUUGCAAGAUGAAGUUGAGAUGUAAUUCUAAUAUGUUUUGAAGUCUCUAAGCAUAUAUGGUGAUGUUGCGGUGAAUGAAGUUUGAGUAGCGGCUUACAAAUCAAGUGAAAUGAAAUUUGGAGUCUUGGUUGCUGCUCAAAGAAGUGGUCGCCGCAACCUAAUUACAAGGAGUUAGGAUUUUGGAAACAGCAAGUUUUGGCCGCAGCAACCACUUUUCCAGGCCGCGGCCAGUCAACCAAAUUUCAGUUUUUUAUGUUAUUUUUAAUUAGAUUUUUAAGAGGAUUAUAAAGAGUUUUAGGGCUAAGGUUUUCAUUAGUUUUUAAUUACGAAUUCUUGAGAUUAGAAGAACAGAAGAGAGGAGAGGACAACAAUCUUUCCUACAUCAAACUAGUUUUUUCUUCUUCUCUUUAAAACUCUUUAAUUUCAAUUAUGAAUAUGUUAUUGGUUAUGUUUGUAAUUGUGGAGUAAUCUUCUUUUAGGUUAAGGGUUAUUUUAAAACCCAAGAUAUGAAUUCUUGAUUUUCAAUAAUGAAUGUUAUUUCUUGAUUUCUCUAA